AAUUAAACAUUCAACUGAUUAAAUUGUGCGGUUUGGAGGCUUCGGGCAACCGACAACCGAAUGUACGAUCAAGGGCACGAUUCCCAACUCAAACCGCCUGACCGUAAACAAACCGACCCAAGAAACAAUUUGGAUAUCUUAGGAAAAAAAUAAAAAAAAUUGGAUAAGCCCUCACUGUCCUGUGAUUCAUCUUUCAUUUUCUCAUUUUUGUUGAUUUUGGUAGUUGAAAGUCAUCUUGUUUAGAUGAGUUAUACUUCUUCAGCUCACAGUUUAUUUGGUGUCAGCAUUGGUUUCCAUGAAGAUCAUAUUCCUAGGGUUUACUCUUUUUCCUUCUCAACUUCCUCUCUCCCUUCCAAUGGCGAAUUCCCCGGAAAGGGUCUUUACCAAACAUACAAUUCUUCAAGUAAUUCCAAGGGAUGUGUUGGCCGAAUUUAUUCUCAUGCCGAUAUGGAUAAUGAUUUCUCAUAUGAAAAAGUUCCAACACCAAUCUUGGAUACAAUUGAAAGUCCAAUGCAUUUGAAGAACUUAUCUAAUAAGGAACUGAAAGAACUAAUUGAUGAUAUCCGUUCCGAAUUAUCCUUUUUGUCAGCAAAAACUCAGAAAUCCUUCAAGUCCAGUCUAGCUGUUGUAGAGUUGACUGUUGCAAUACACCGAGUUUUUCAUGCUCCUGUUGAUAAGAUACUAUGGGAUGUGGGUGAUCAGGCAUAUGUGCAUAAGAUUUUAACCGGAAGAAGAUCGCUAAUGGAAACUUUGCAACAAAGGGAUGGAAUUUCCGGUUUUACAUCUCGAUCCGAAAGCGAAUUUGAUCCAUUUGGUGCAGGACAUGGUUGCAACAGCAUUUCAGCAGGCCUUGGCCUGGCAGUUGCACGAGAUAUUAAAGGUAAACGAGAACGAGUAGUUGCAGUGAUAAGCAACAGGACAACUAUGGCUGGUCAGGUUUACGAGGCAAUGGGUAAUGCCGGUUAUUUGGAUUCAAACAUGGUGGUGAUAUUAAACGAUACUCGUCACACGUUGCUUCCAAAGCUUGAGGUGGAGAGCUCCAAGACACCUAUAAAUGCUCUAUCAAGUACUCUAAGCAAAUUCCAGUCUAGUAAAUCCUUUCGGAAAUUCAGAGAAGUCGCCAAGGGUCUUACGAAGAGGUUUGGGAAAGGUACGUAUGAAUGGGCGGCGAAAGUUGAUGAGUUUGUUAGAGGAAUGCUGGGUCCAAUUGGAUCGACACUUUUUGAAGAGCUUGGAUUGUAUUAUAUUGGUCCUGUAGAUGGAAAUAAUAUAGAUGAUCUUUUGUGUGUUCUCCAUGAAGUUGCAUCUUUGGAUUCAAUGGGUCCGGUUUUGAUUCAUGUAAUAACUAAAGAAGAACCUCCUCCUCCUCCUCCUCAGUUUCAAGAUAACCAACAAACAAAAGUGGACGAAGAAGCUGACGAUGAACCCUUCCUUCUUCCUCUGACUCAAUCUUAUAGUGACUGCUUUGUGGAUGCAUUGAUUUUGGAGGCAGAGAAAGACAAAGAUAUAGUGGUUGUUCAUGCCGGAGUGGAGAUGGAAACUAGUCUUCAACGGUUUCAGAAUAAGUUCCCCGAUAGAUUUUUUGACAUGGGGUUGGCCGAACAGCAUGCAGUUACGUUUUCUGCUGGUUUAUCUUGUGGGGGUCUAAAGCCAUUCUGUAUCAUCCCGUCUGCUUGCUUACAAAGGGCUUACGAUCAGGUAGUUCAUGACAUAGAUCGCCAAAGGAUGGCAGUGCGUUUUGUGAUUACGAGCGCAGGAUUGGUGGGUGCUGAUGGACCGACGCAUUGCGGUGCGUUUGAUAUAGCAUUCAUGUCGUGUUUGCCUAACAUGAUUGUCAUGGCGCCUUCAAAUGAAGAUGAUCUUGUUAACAUGGUGACAACCGCUGCCCAAGUUGAAGACAGGCCUGUUUGUUUCCGGUAUCCCAGGGGUGCACUUGUUAAGGAUUACCUCAUCCCUACAAAUGGAGGAGUGCCAAUAGAAAUAGGAAAAGGGAAGAUUUUAAAAGAGGGGAAGGAUAUUGCUUUCCUUGCAUAUGGUGCAAUGGUGCAGAAUUGCCUUAAAGCACAGUCCCUUCUUUACGAGCUUGGCAUCGAGGUUACAGUUGCGGAUGCCAGAUUCUGCAAGCCACUCGACAUUAGCCUCAUCAGACAGCUUUGUAACACCCAUUCUUUUCUAGUAACUGUCGAGGAAGGUUCUGUUGGCGGUUUUGGAUCGCAUGUUGCACAGUUCAUUUCCCUGGACGGCCAGCUCGAUGGACAAACUAAGUGGCGACCUAUGGUUUUGCCAGACACCUAUAUAGAACAUGCAUCUCCAGAAGAACAACUUACAAUAGCUGGGCUCUCGGGCCAUCACAUUGCAGCUACUGCAUUGAAUCUCCUUGGUCGAACCAGGGAAGCCCUCCUCUUGAUGUGCUAGAAUAGAGAUAGAUCGGGGUUUUGCUGUUCUUUAUU